AUGGCGUUCCUUCCCCAGCGCAGUUUUUCGCUGCUGGGCAGGGACUCCGCCGAGCUUUUCCUCGGGCUGCAGCUGCAGCAGAGACGUUGGUGGACUCGCGCAAGCGGCAUGCGGAGCCCUGUGAAAUGGUCGCGCGACUGGGAAGUUCUGAACCGGAAAGUCUACUUCGCCUUUGAUGAGCGCGAAGUGCGCCGCUCCUUGCUCGACGCCGUCAGCGCCCACCGCAAAAGUGUCUCUAUCUUUUAUCGCCUGAUCAACGUCGUACCCGGCGUCGCCCACACGCUCUCGCUACCGGGGCCGCACACGUUUCUCCUGCCGACUGACGAGGCGUGCCGCGCGCACCUGAGCGCCGCGACCCUCGACGCGCUGAACGCGCGCCUCGCGUUUCUAGAGGACCAGCAGACGCAGCGGCUGGCGAGUUCACGCUCACCACUCGAGGGCGGCGCCCUGACCGCCUCGCGCGGAGGCACUGCGGCCGUGACCGCGGCUCGAGUCGUCAACGUGACUGAGCAGCUUCGCGCCUUGGCCCUCUCCCACGUCAUACCCGGGGAGUGGAGACUGAAGACGCUCAUGCUCGCGUGUGGAGCCGGCGAUCCGCGCGCCCAGAGUAGCUGGUUGCAUCAGGACUCAGUCGGCGAGCUUAUCACCCCCGUCAUGUACGCGUCGCGCCUCGGCGGCUCCGCUUCCCCUCGCGGGCGGAGGCUGACUCGCGGCACCGCAGGCGCAGCGGGGCAAGGGGCUAAAGACGCACUCGACAUCCAAGGGGACGCGGAGGCCGGCAGGCGCCCCCCUGUCGCCCACCCGGUCUUCUCGUUGCCGCCCGCGUUGUCGGCUGAAGAGCCUCUCCGCGUCUGGGUGGAGCCCUCGCGGUACGCAGCGCUGCUCCCCAUCACGACCAGCACCAACUUCGCCGCGCGGGGCGCGAUAGAUGCAGACAGCGAGACGAGUCACGGGACGGACGAGGGCAGGAGCGCCGCGCACGCUGUCGGCGCGCGAAGAUUCGCGCGGGUGGGCGGCGCGCUCAAUCUCUGGAUUGGAGGCGCGCUGGUACUGAAGGGAGACCUGCGGAGCCACAACGGCGUGGUGCACUUGAUCGAUAAGCCGCUGGUGCCGAAGCAGCUCCUGGCGUCAUCGACAUAA